AUGGCGUUCACCUUCGCCGCGUUCUGCUACAUGCUCACCCUGGUGCUGUGCGCCUCCCUCAUCUUCUUUGUCAUCUGGCACAUCAUAGCCUUUGACGAGCUGCGGACCGACUUCAAGAACCCCAUCGACCAGGGGAACCCAGCGCGGGCACGCGAGCGUUUAAAAAACAUCGAACGCAUCUGCUGCCUCCUGAGGAAGCUGGUGGUCCCAGAAUACUCCAUCCACGGCCUCUUCUGUCUGAUGUUUCUGUGUGCAGCCGAGUGGGUGACCCUGGGCCUCAACAUCCCCCUCCUCUUCUACCACCUCUGGAGGUACUUCCAUCGCCCUGCGGAUGGCUCUGAGGUCAUGUAUGAUGCGGUCUCCAUCAUGAAUGCUGACAUCCUCAACUACUGCCAGAAGGAGUCCUGGUGCAAACUCGCCUUCUACCUGCUCUCCUUCUUCUAUUACUUGUACAGUAUGGUUUAUACGUUGGUGAGUUUCUAAGGGGGAAGCCGGCCAGGGAGCAAGCCCAGAAUGGACCGGACGCCUGUGCACCCCCAGCCCUGCCCCUCGGCCGCAGAGGCCUCAGCCCUGGGGAGGGAGGGGGCACUGGUGCCCCCAGCCUCCUCUCCACCCCUCCACACUGCUGCUGCGGGGACCUCCCGCCUUCAGAGCCCCCUCCCCUUGGACCAGGGCUGGGCAGAGCUCUAAAUAGGGGCAGGGGCUCCUCGGCCAGCCUGUAGGCAUGGCAGUCAGUCUUGGAAGGGGCGGAACCUCCGGCCUUGUCCACUUGGUGGGUGGGGGGGGGGGGGACAUGGACCCUGCCAAGGGGCAGGGUGUGACCCUGGAAGUUCUGGGCCGCCCCCCUCCACCCCCACCCCAAGGCUCCCCCUGCAGGUGGGGGGGUACCCGCACCGGGAAUGAGCAGGCUCAGCAGGGGGGCAGCCCCACCCCUAGUCUGCCCUCUCCCCUCCCCCAGGCUCUCUCUCCAGACCUCCCCCUCUCCCCCAUUCCCCCUUGCCCCAAUCCCAGCCUGUCCUGUCUCUUGGACCUAUUUUCUAUGUUG